AUGAAGACCGUCGCUACGAAUGUAGCAAAGAAAGGCAAUGGCCAACCCAACAGCUUCUCGAGUUGGCUGUUCAAUAAUCAGACUGCCGUAUCCUUCACACUAAUCACAUCUCUCUUCCUCACGCAUAUGUUUGUGCCUAGGGUAAGACCGUUCACGUCUCAAUUUUUUACUCUAUCCCACUAUAACCCCGCCACCGGGAAAUACGCUUCCGGCCCUGGAGAUGUCUACUUUCUCACCUUCUGCGUCCUGCUCUUUACCGCAACCCGCGCAGCACUGAUGCAGCACGUCCUCGCCCCUCUGGCCAAGCACUGGGGGGUCACCAAAAAGAAGGACGCCACUCGAUUCGCCGAGCAGGGAUGGAUGUUGAUGUACAACUCCGUAUUCUGGACCUUGGGCAUGUACAUCUACUGCAAUUCGUCAUAUUUCCUCGACAUGACAGAAUUGUGGACGAAUUGGCCCCAGAGGGAGCUCCAGGGGCUCGUCAAGGGGUACAUACUUGCCCAGUGGUCUUACUGGAUGCAGCAGCUUCUCGUCGUGAACAUUGAAGCUCGCAGGAAGGAUUACUGGCAGAUGAUAGUCCAUCAUUUUGCUACCGUCGCCCUGAUCGCUUCAGCAUACGCCUAUCAUCACUCUCGCGUUGCUAACUUGAUCUUAGUUCUGAUGGACGUGAUCGAGUUAAUCUUCCCCCUUGCCAAAUGCCUUAAAAGCCUUGGUUACACUACUGUUUGCGACGUCAUCUUUGGCGUGUUUGCCGUCACAUGGCUCUUGACACGUCAUGUGGUGUACCUUAGGACCUGCUGGAGCGUGUACUCCGAUAUGCCUAAGGUGAUGCCGACGGGCUGCUACCGGGGCACCACGGGUAAUCUCGAAGGUCCCUUCCCAGUUCCUAACGACUGGUCGCAUUUACUGGAACCCUUUCGCGAUACCGAGGGCAUCGUCUGUAUGAAUGAUAACAUCAGACUUGGCUUCCUAUCAUUCCUCCUCUUAUUACAGGUCGUGAUGAUGGUGUGGUUUGCAUUCAUCAUUCAAGUCAUCGUUCGCGUUCUCAGGGGAGACGGCGCCGAGGAUGUAAGGAGCGACGACGAAGGCGAGGAAGAGGAGGAGGAAGAGGUCGAGGACGACGGACCACAAGCUCUUGAAGAGGAAGUCGGCGUCGAGUCUAUCAACUUCGAAGUGUGGAAGCGCCGUGCUGGGGUUAAGGAAGUCUCGCAUUCCAGUGGCCUUAGUUUGCCCGGACACAGUGAUCGGAAGGAGUUGUUAAAUCGGGUCGGAUGCGAGAAGCAGAUCGACUGA